AUGGAUUACCAAGCGUGGGUGACAAUGGUAUUUUUUCUUAAAGGGAGCCAGACAUGCUUUACGAACAAUCAAGUCGAAUUUACCAAAAUUAAAUCAGGAAGUUCAUUCUAUCAGGAGUGUAAAUGUGAGCUUGGUACAGGGGAAACACUCAAAUGGUUGGAUACAAACGAUCAAGAAAUACCAAUCUUAAGACCAGGUACAAAAUCAAACGUGUAUACCGAGUGGCUCGACAGGGAUACGUAUAGCGUAUACAUUUCAAGUUUAAGCAAAUCAAUAUCAGGUGCCUACAAAUGCGUGACUAUCCACAAUGGAAGAGAAUACUCAAUGAUAUAUCACGUAGAAGCAUAUGAUCCACCUUACUUCGUGAACACAAAGCCUGAUCAAUAUGUGGUGAGUGGUAAAGAUGCUGUGAUUACUUGCGAGGCUCGAGGCGAUACAGAGCCUUUGAUAAGUUGGUACAAAGAGCAGGAUGGUUUUGUUGAGAUCACGAAUGAUGAUAAAUACGAAGUAACCUCAGAAGGUCUUAAAAUAAAAGAUAUAACAAAGGAUGAUAAUGGACUCUAUAAAUGUGCAGCAUCUGAUUUGGAGACUGGAGAAGGGAUAGAUCAGGACAUACACGUAGAGGUAAUAUCGAUGCCAACAAUAAUAGAUUUGACGGCUAGUACAAAUAACACAGUCAUAAAGGGCGAGAGUUUGACCAUAGAGUGUGUGGCAGAUGGCGUUCCACAUCCAGAGUAUUCGUGGAAAAAGAUUGGUUAUACGGGAGAAAAUGUAAGUUGGCAUGAAAUAGCCAAUACGAUUGUCUUCGAUGAAGUUCAAGAAUCGGAUCGCGGUGCUUACGAGUGUACUGCGGUCAACAACGCUGGAAACUUCACAAAGAUAAUUAAUAUUGAGGUAUUGGUAGCACCGAAUAUAACAGAAUUAAACAAUGUAACAGCGGUUGAAGGAUCGACCGCACAAAUAACUUGCAAAACGUCUGGUAGGCCGAUACCCAAGAUUAAUAUGAUGUUCCUUGGAGAUGAAUCCGACGAACAAAGCAUAGUCUGGGACAUCAAGAACACGAGUGACACUGAAGUGGAAUUCUACUUAUCUUUUCUCAGAGUGAACAGAUCUCACGCUGGUGUUUAUGAAUGCAAUGCAACUAACGAUGUGGAUUUUGAUAUAAAAGAAAUGGAAUUCCGAGUAUUAUAUCCGCCGUACUUCACAACUCCAGUCGAGGACGUCUGGUCGUGGAAUGGGAAAAGUAUUAAUUUAAGUUGUGAACACUCCAGCAAUCCACCCGGCGUUAUUACUUGGAGAUAUCAAGGCAAUGAAAUAUCAGCGGAGAAUCAAAUGGAAAUUAAUAAAAUUAUAGCCGACAAGUUGCAUAAGAGUCCUCUUAUAAUAGAAAAUAAAACUUUGUACGGCAUUUACGAGUGCACUGCUAAAAAUGAGUUCGGAGAAGCGAAGAAAAUGAUAACUUUAAGAGAGGGAUUUGUUCCAGCAGCUAUUAAUAAUGUGUCACUCGCAAAUCUUACGUCACACUCAGUUACAUUCACAAUCGAGCCGCCGCCCAUAGAAGGUCCAGAUGUCAUAGGAUUUACAGCUGAAUACGACGAAGUAGACAACUAUAAUGUAACAGACAUACACACUAACAGGACCUGGUCGAUACACAGACCACUGAAGAUAGACAAGCUGAAACCGAACACUAGUUAUUAUGUGAAAUUUGCUGCCAUCAAUGAAGUCGGAACCGGACCCUGGAGUGAUGUACUAGAAUUCGCGACACUUGAACAAAUUUAUUUCAGAUCAACCCCAGAUGAACCCGAAUGGGAGAUGAACGUGGAAGAAAUAGCUGUUAAAGAGAAAGUUUUAAAAUGGAAGAACAGUGAUCUUGUUGAUUUUUAUUUAAUUCGACAAUGUCCGAUAACAAAUGGUUUUAUAGAAGAGGAAUUGUGUGAAACAAUACAAUUAGAUCAAACAAAUGAGUUCCAUUUGAACGAUAUGAACGCUAACACAACUUAUUACAUAGAACUCAUUGCUCAAAAUACAGUUGGUAACUCAACUACAGCUCGUAUCACCGUCACCAUACCUGGUGAAGAAACUCCAUAUCUGUCAGCCGCUGCGCUUAUUGGUUUAUCAAUCUUAGCGGUUUUCAUUUGCCUUGUAAUGCUGGAUCUUUUACUAUUAUUAUGGAGGAGACAGGGCGUCAUCGCUAAUUGCUGUGUCAAGAAAAAGAAGAACAAUCGAGAGGAAAGUUUGAACUCGAGAGAUAAAAAAGGUCUCCUUAAAGACAAAGAAUCUAAAGGCAAUGGGCACAAAGAAUACGAAUACAACAAAACCACCGGAGCUAUUACUGGGAAGCAUUCCUCUGUAUAA